AUGGAGAAUCCAAGUGAAACGCAAGGACCGAGGGUAAGCGAUAAACGUUUAGCCCAAACUCAGGCGAAGGUGGACGAAGUUGUUGGUAUUAUGCGUGACAAUAUCGACAAAGUUUUGGAGAGAGACCAAAAGUUGUCAGAGUUGGACGACAGAGCGGAUGCAUUGCAGGUUGGUGCGGGACAGUUUCAGCAGCAGGCUGGUAAACUUAAAAGGAAGUAUUGGUGGCAAAACUUGAAGAUGAUGUUGAUUAUUGGUGCUGUAGGCGUGGUCUUACUUAUCAUUAUCAUUGUGUGGGCGACUUCCGGUUCCAGCGGCUCUGCACCAGCGCCAGCACCAGCUACAGUUACCGACCAAGCAGGACGAUAA